AUGCUACACUUUGGCAAGGCAAAGCGAUCCACGCACAUGGAGGAUGACAAGCGCAUUAAAGCCUUCAACCACUUUCCAGACUUUAUGUGCUGCUGCUACCUCACGGACGAGAAGUCUGAGAUGAAGGCUCCAAUAAUGAUGAGCUAUUUACAUUCCGCGCCCUAA